CAUGACAAUCGUGCUUAGGCGCCUGUCACCCAGAUAAAGGCUACAAAAACAUACAUGGAUCCGUAUUAACGUAUAACUUUACAUGAUGUUAAGUGUAGAUUCCAUACAAGUAGCUGAAGAGGAGGUGGUUGAGUCAAGCUCCAACCGUCUCGAGGAUAUAUACACAUUUGUAGCGCAGGGAUGUUACCCACAGUCCAUGAACCCAAUUAGAAAGAAAAAUCUUAAACGCUACGCUCAGAAGUUCAUCAUUGAUGAUGGACGGUUAUAUUAUGUUGGACCCAAAAAGGAGGAGAAGCGAGAGGUGGUAAUUGAAUCUGAACGAAAGCGUCAGAUAUUUCUAGAAUGUCAUUUUAAUGAUAUUGGCCACCACCUCGGACAGAAGAAGACUGUGCAUAGGAUACAGAGCAAAUAUUAUUGGCUUGGCAUAGUCAAGGACGUGGUGGAUUGGAUAAAAGUUUGUGAAACCUGCCAGCACACAGAAAGGAAUAAAAACAUGGCCAGAAUAAUUCGGCCAAUAAAGGUGGAUGGUCCUUGGGAAGUUAUUGCGCUUGAAAUAUUAGGUCCAUUUCCUGGUACAGUGCCAGCUGGAAACAUGCAUGUAGUGGUGAUUACUGAUUACUUUAGCAAGUGGGUGGAGGGUUUUCCGGUCCAAAGGAAAGAUUCUCUAUCUGUUGCACGGUGCAUCUCCACAUCUAUUUACAGGUUUGGGUCACUGAAAAUGAUUUACAUCUGUCAAACAGCAGACUUUUGUGAGGAGGUCUCAAAGCACCUUUGUGACAGGUGGAACAUAGUUCAGAAGGUGUCACCUGUAGAUCCGCCCCAGAGGAAUGCCCUUUAUGACCAUACCAGUGGUUUCCUGCGGGAUGCCAUCAAGGAUGUUGUUUCAGAAAAGCAGUUAGACUGGGAUGAUUUCAUUGAUCCAGUGCUGUCCCUGUUUCGAACAUCAACAAACACUACUACAAAGUUCACGCCUUAUUGUUUAAUGUUUAAUAGGAAAGCCAGUAUGCCCAAUGAGAUAAACCAGAUGAAACUGGAUCUGCUUACUCAUGACAAUGAGGAGUCAUAUCCGUUAAACGAAGAGGGAGUCAUGAAUUUUAUGACUGCCAUGCAAGAGCAACAUAAUACACUAAGACAGAUGGUUUUAGCUAGCAUGAACGCUGCUUACAAACAGGAAAAGAAGAAUGCCAAGCGCAGAGCAAGGAGCAUCACAUACGAUGUCACAGAGGAACCUCUAUUUGACAAUGAGGAGUCACCUCCAUGUAAAAAACUCAAAGACAGCUUGUUCCUGUCCUUCCCAGUGGAAGGAGUUCUCACUACAGAACAAAAUGGCACUGCUAGCAAGAAAAAUGCCUUGGAAUAUCAAUUGCCAGGUUCUGAUGUGCACUGAUAAGGACUUUGAUACUAUGGGAGUGAUAAAUUAGUGAACACAUUAUGUAGUUGGACCACCUAUCUGGAGAGCUUCUCAACAUGGAAUGGUCUAUAAGCUGUAUUCCUUGCAAGAGAGUGCAGUGAAAAGGCUGUAAUGCCAUACUUAGGACACUCAAGUCAUUUUGCAAACCAAGAAAAUUUGGUCUGCUUCAAAUGUAAACGGUACUGGAUAUGUCGAUGUAAAUGCACACUAUUAGUUGGGGUGAUAUCCAAGUAAUGCACUAAUAGUGGGUGAGGAACUGUUUGGUUUGACUCUAGUCAUUAUUGUUUCUGGAAUGUUUUCUCUGAGUAAUAAUGGCAAGUCUGUGACAUGCCUCUAAGGAUUCGAUUAAUUCCUUUAAAAUGUUUAAAGAUG